AUGAAGCCUUUAAUAACCCCCAAACUCUCUAAUGCUGAUCAAAAAUUUUCAGAGAGAUUUCUCCCAAACCGAGCCUCUUCUAACUUGCAGGUCAGUUUUGAUUUAAUCAAAGACGAAAAAUUCCAACAAUCCCAAGACCCAGUCGCUGACGACUCACAAGAAGGCUACACAACCCUUCUAAAAAAUCAGUUCCUAGACCACUCUGCAUCCAAAAAUAACCGUUUCACCUACUCCCAAAACACAUUAACCAAAGAAAACAUGCCGUUGAAUUUUUCAGGAGAAGACAUUUACACCCCACUGAAAUCCCAACGAAAUAUUCCUAAAGCUCCCUUCAAGGUCCUUGACGCCCCUUCUCUACAAGAUGAUUUUUAUCUAAAUUUAUUAGAUUGAUCCUCGAACAACGUCCUAGGUGUAGGCUUAGGAUCCUCAGUUUACCUCUGAAAUGCGUCAACCUCCAAGGUCACAAAACUCUGCGAUUUAGGGUCAAUGGACCCAGUUACCAGCGUUUCCUGAUCUCCUAAUGGAAAUUACAUAUCCAUCGGCACAAAUACUGGAAGUACACUACUAUGGGACUCUAACCGUUUAAAAUUAAUCCGGUCCUUUUCAGGACACUCAAGCAGAGUUGGAGCUAUGGCUUGAAGCAACAAAAUUUUGUCCACAGGAUCCCGCGACCGACAAAUUUUACAUCGUGACAUCCGCUGUCCUGAAGAAUUUGUUGGAAGACUUAUAGGGCAUAAACAAGAAGUCUGUGGGCUGAAAUGGUCAUUUGACGACCAGCAGCUGUCAUCAGGCGGAAACGACAAUAAAUUAAUUUUAUGAAGUUUACAGUCCACGUCACCUAUGGCGAAAUUCAAUGAACAUAUAGCAGCUGUAAAAGCUAUAGCGUGGUCUCCACACCAACAUGGACUUUUAGCAAGUGGCGGGGGAACUGCAGACAGAACGAUAAGGUUUUGAAAUACUUUGACCAAUGAGCAGCUGCAAUGUGUAGAUACAGGGUCACAGGUGUGUAAUUUAAUGUUUUCCAAAAAUAGUGAUGAGAUUGUGUCGACACAUGGGUACUCACAGAACCAAAUUAUGCUAUGGCAGUACCCGGGGCUAAGGAAAAUUGCGACGCUGACUGGGCAUACUUUUAGGGUUUUGUAUUUGUGUAUGUCACCAGAUGGACAAACUGUAGUCACUGGGGCUGGUGAUGAAACUUUGAGGUUUUGGGAUUUGUUCCCUGGAAAUAAAGAAAGUUGUGAAAUAGGACAGAAAACAGCACUGUUUCCUUGUGCUUUUGACCUGCGAUAA